AUGGUGCUCAAGAAACUAGGGCACAUUCUUGAGGGCCUCCUCUAUGACAAUACCAUAGAGGAGGAACAUUACCGAAAGAUGCGCCAGAAAUCCUCGUCAAACAGCGCUAUCAUGGUAGGUCUGGUGGCUGCUGUUGGCGGGUUCCUUUACGGCUACGAUACAGGCCUCAUCAACGACAUUUUAGAGAUGCAUUAUGUCGAGAGACACAUCCCGUCUAGUCCAAAUAAAGGCUUUAGCGUCCACGAGCGAGCGUUGCUCACGGCCAUUUUGCUGUUGGGUACAUUCUUUGGCGCCUUGGUGGCUCCACUCAUUUCUGACCGUUAUGGUCGCAAAUUCUCCAUCAUCUUGAGCUCAGCCUUUUUGUUUAAUGUGGGCAACACGCUUCAAGUGUCGGCCACAGACACAAACCUUCUAUGUGGUGGUCGUGCUGUAUCCGGCUUUGCUGUAGGUAUCUUGUCGGCUAUUGUGCCUUUAUACCAAGCUGAAGCUGCUCCCAAGUGGGUGCGUGGCUCCAUUGUCUUCACAUAUCAGUGGGCCAUUACAUGGGGACUUUUGAUUGCUCUGGCUAUCUGCCAAGGUACGCGAAAACUCACUACAAGCGGCUCGUAUCGUAUACCGAUCGGCCUACAGUUUGUGUGGUCACUUUCGCUAUGCACAGGUAUGCUUUUUUUGCCUGAAAGCCCUCGCUAUUAUGUACAAAAGAAUGAUCUUCAGUCGGCGCUCAGGAGUCUCAGUAAGCUUAGACGACUACCGGACGACGACCAAGAUCUCAUCGAAGAGUUGGUGGAAAUCAAAGCCAACUAUGAUUAUGAGAUGUCCUUCGGUAAAACCACACUUCUAGACUGCUUCCGCCUGGGCGGUGGGCGGCACAAACAAAAACUUCGCAUGAUGACAGGUAUUGGCGUGCACGCAUUCCAGCAGUGUUCGGGUAUCAACUUCAUCUUUUACUAUGGUGUUAACUUUUUCUCCUCUACGGGCGUACACAACUACUACUUGAUGUCCUUCAUCACUUACUUGGUGAACGUGGUGUUUACCAUUCCAGGGAUUAUAUUCAUUGACGUCAUUGGUCGACGACUGCUUUUGCUCUAUGGUGGUGUGGGUAUGGCGGUCAGUAACUUUGUUAUAGCCAUUGUUGGUGUCACGGUGCCACAUGCUGAACCGAGAGCGCUCGUAUCCAUUGUGUUUUCCUGCUGUUUCAUUGCAUGUUUUGCAUCACUGUGGGGUGGUGCUGUAUGGGCGCUUGCGCUGGACAUCUUUGGUAUCAGUAUUCGGCAGAAGGCGAUCUCGCUCACAGCUGCAACUAACUGGUUGGUCAACUUCAUUUUUGCAUACAUCACACCAUACUUGAUCGACACUGGGGCGCAUACAGCUGCGUUGGGAAACAAAAUCUUCUUCAUUUGGGGUGGGCUCAACACUGCAGGAGUGGUGUUUGUCUACUUCGUUGUCUACGAGACGAAAGGUCUCAAGUUGGAAGAGGUGGACUUCAUGUACGUCAAUUGUGCCAAUCCUCGUGAGUCCACUCAUUUCAAGAGCAGGGCAAUAAACUAUGACAAUUUGAUGUUAAGUGAAAGAGCCGUGCAGAGUGCAUUAUCUCCUCCGGAGUGGGACAAUCAACAAGAGAAGGCGCCAGGAAAACUACUGGCAGCAAGCGAUUCGUUGUCACCAGAAGGUGCACCACGUGAAGGUUUCUGGGAUAGCCAGUCUUCCAGUGCCAGUGCCAGUGGCCCCAGUGCACCCCGCGAAUCAUCGCACAUUAUGGUGGCGCCGCUUUCACCAACGUUGAGCACUACAUCAGGUUCAUCGGCCGCACUGGCUGGAUCCGCGACAGAUUAUCAGAAAUAUCUCGAGAGCUUGAGCAAGAAUGCGAGCAAAGGGCCCCAAGCGCCAUCUCUGGCUUCAACGUCGCUCGUGAGGAUGCCAGGUGCAUCUAAGCGAAACAGUUUAUCUAUGGUACGGCGUACUUCGUCGCAAUCGCAAACGGGUUUGUCAACCAACACAGACUCAUUUGGAUCGACGCCCGGAUUGGACAAGCUCAGUUUGUCACAAGCUGGUCAAAUGAAGAUUCUCGCAGCACCAUUCUUUGAUAACCCACCAAGCGAUUCUGACUCAGACUGA